AUGGCUGACAGAGGUGACCAUGAGCUGAAACUGCAGAGCUUUGAAUUGACGCUUGUAUCAGAAGAAGAGGAUGAGUCUGCUUCACAGGUGAAGGACUCUGAGGCUGAUAUAACACCUGAUGCUAGCCUACAAGUAGAAGGAGAGAUUUUUUAUGUCAACCGCCAACAUCUGGCCCUGCAGAGCCCUUACUUCAGGGCUCUGUUCUUUGGCCCUGGGUUGGAGAGCAGCAAAAGGCAGGUAGAGCUUAAAGGUGUGAGUCUGCAGCAUUUCAGGACCUUGAUGGAAUAUACCACAACAUGCAGCCUGUCUUUGAACAGAGAAAAUGUUACGGGCAUCCUCGAGACGUCCGACUUUUUGCAGCUGGAACGAGCCAGGCUGCUGUGCUGUAAGUUCCUGGAGCGUGAGCUGCACCUCAGCAACUGUUUGGGGAUGAUGGCCUAUGCCUGGCAGCUGGGUUGCACUCAGCUUUAUGCCGCAGCACGACAGGUGGUGCUCACUCACUUCUCCGCUAUUUCAGCUGAAGAGGAUUUUCUGUCACUCUCAAAAGAGUCAGUAGCAGAUCUACUUGCCAGCGAUGACCUAACCAUCCAUAAAGACGAUCUGGCUCUGGAGGCAAUACUGCGCUGGGUGUCAUUUGACCCUAAACGAGAAGAAUAUUUCCUGGAGCUCAUCGAGCUGGUGAGGCCCGAGUCUCUGUCCUUGCCUUUUAUCACUGAACUCUUGACCAGAAUGAAAAGCUCUGACCCCAGAGCCAGGCUCAUCAUAAAGCUCAAUGAACAUUUCCCAGCAUCUUGGUCAGUGGGCAGGUCAAUGAGGAGGACCAGGGCCAGAGAGACCCUGUUUGUGCUGGGCGGGCCUCAUGAUCGGGAAGAACAGGCGCUGUACCAGUAUCACCCGAUGAGUGGUAGAUGGCAGAGCUGCGCGCCCCUGCAGAGGAAGAACCUCACACAGUACUCCGUGGCUGCAGUGGGAGACAGUGUGGUCGUGACAGGUGGCUACUUCCGGGAUGUUCUGUGGUUCAGUGUGGAUUGGGUCCGGAUCUACGAAUGUGGGAACCAGCGCUGGGUGGACGGGCCAGCCCUGCAGAAGUCCAGACACAGCCACUGCUCCAUAGGGCUCGAGUCAGUACUGUAUGUCCUGGGGGGAAGUAUGGACGAAGGUCUUGUGGAUGAUGUAGAAAGGCUGGUCCUUGGGUCAGAGGAGGGUUGGGAGGCAGUGAGCCCCAUGGUCAGGGCCGUAGAGAGGGCAGCCACUGCUGCUCUGGGGUCGUGUAUCUACGUGGCGUGCGGCCUGGAUGAAAAUGGCGAGGUUUAUGGUGGAAUUCAGAGGUAUGUGGCGAAGGAGGAUCAGUGGGAUGUGGUCUCCUAUUCUCCAUUUCCACGAUACGACCUGGUUGCCACAGAGCUCAACAGUGCCCUCUACCUGUUCGGGGGCCAAGCCCUUCGUUUUGACAUGGAGACAGAUGAGUGGACGGUGCUGGAGGAGGAAUGUCUGAACAAAAGGUUCUUCUGUGGCUGCUCCUCAGUCACUGGGCAGAUAUACCUGGUUAGUGAGAGAAAGAGUAACAAAGCAUUCCCGAACAUGGUGAUGCUGGACCCUUACAUAGACACCUGCAUUGAGGUAGAUGAUGCUAUACCCUGUCCCGUGCCCCUCAGAGGGUGUGUCACCGUAAGAAUGAUCCCAUGA